UGUAAACUUAAAGUGAACGGUCUAAACAGUGAACAAAAGGAAUACGAAAACGAAAAAUUCACAUAACGGUUUUGGGAAAUGUUACGGCGACAUUACCAAAAGAUGAGUAGAAAGUUCAGUUUAUUGAUAUUGUUAGUAUUAAGCGUGUUGCUAUAUAUAAAUUCAGUCACAUGUCUCGAAACUACAACGGAUAUUGAAGCGCCCUUAACUACAACUGCGCCCAGUGUUCUCUCUAAAACACGUUCUCUGCGUCUACCCAAUUCUACAUAUCCUUUACACUACCACUGGCAUGUCACCACCAAUGUCCACAAAGGUGAUUUGGAUUUUAAAGGAAAUGUUUCUAUAGUUAUAGAAAUUAAAGAAUCUACCGAUGAAAUUGUUUUGCAUGCCAAGAAAUUAAGAAAUUUUAGCAUUAUAUGUUAUGAGUUGGAGUCUGGAAUCCAACUGCACGACUUGACCUAUACCCAUGAUAAUCGCACUAACUUUCUUAUCAUACAUGCCCGCGAAUACUAUCAAGUGUUUGAGGUAAUGAAAAAAUAUCGUCUCGAAAUACACUACGAGGGAACCAUGAAUGAAAAGCAUGCAGGGCUCUAUUGGUUAGCCUAUGAGGAUCAUAAUAAUCAGACCAUUUACCAUGCAGCUACACAAUUUGAGCCAACCAGUGCCCGUUUAGCAUUGCCUUGUUAUGAUGAGCCGGCUUUUAAGGCCAAUUUUACUAUACGCGUAACUCAUGGCAAAAUAUACAAUGUCAUCUCCAAUAUGGAUGUGGACAAAGUCAUCGAACACAGCGAUAGUGAUUUAUCCACAACUAGAUUCUAUACAACACCGCUUAUGUCCACAUACCUGGUGGCAUUUGUCGUCUCAAAUUUCGGUUUUAUCUCGGAGGAAUAUCGUAAUGUUACUCAACGCCUGUACACACCACCCACUAGCAAAAAUAAAGGUCUAAAGCAACUGAAAUUUGCCAUACGAACCUUGGCUGUAAUUGAGGAUUAUUUAGGUAUUGCUUAUCCCUUGAAAAAACUUGAUCAUAUUGCUUUGAAUAAAAAUUAUGGUGCAGCCAUGGAAAAUUGGGGCCUAAUUACAUACAAGGAGGAUUAUUUACUUUAUGGUGACAGUCAUAUGCAUCAGAGAGUCAAGGAUACCAUGACAAUUGUCCAUGAGGUAUCACAUCAAUGGUUUGGUGAUUUAGUUUCGCCAGAAUGGUGGUCUUAUGCUUGGCUAAAUGAGGGAUUUGCUACAUAUUUUGCUCAUAUAUUUAUUGAUUUGCUUCAUCCUGAGUAUAAGAGUAUGGAAUAUUUUUUAAUUGAAACUGCUGAUAGAGCCUAUAGUUAUAAUGAGUUCAAUAUGAGUCCUCAUCCUAUGACACAUUAUGUGGAAACUGAUCGUGAUAUAACGAUGAUAUUUGAUAUUAUAUCCUAUUCAAAAGCCGCCUGUGUCAUUCGAAUGUUCCAUCAUGCCUUCAAUCAAAAAACAUUUGUACGUGGUAUUCAGACAUUUUUGACAAAAUAUCAGUACUCGGUGGCGAAUGAAUUGCAAUUAUUCGAGUGCCUCCAAGAAGCGCUCGAAAAAGAUCCAACUCUACAAAAUGCCGAAUGGGUGUCGUCGGUACCGAAUGUAAUGAUGUCAUGGACUCAUAGCAAAUGGAUACCCAUUAUCAAUGUAGUCAGAAACUAUGAAGACAAUACUAUUACCAUAAAGCAACGUUCCAAGAAUCCCAAUUAUAAUGAACACUGGUGGAUACCCUUGAAUUUUGCCACUGCGACGAAUCACAAUUUCAAUCGUACCAUUGUUGACUAUUUUAUGCCACCCAUACAGGAAGUUACUUUAAAUCUUUCAGACUUUGGCAUUGAAUUGAAAGAGGAAGAUUGGUUGGUGGUCAAUAAGCAACAAACUGGUUUCUAUCAUGUACUCUAUGAUGAUGAAAAUUUACGUAGGAUAGCCCAUGCAUUGCAGCAGAAUCAUUUAGUCAUACACGAAUUUAAUCGAGCCGAUUUAUUUCAAAAUCUUCACUCUCUAAUAGAACAUAAUGAAUGCUCCAUAGAUGUUAUAUUUGAAUUACUUAAGUACUUAAUUAAUGAGGACAAUCUGUUGGUAUGGAAUUUUGUUUCACCCACAGUGGAGCUAUUGGAACGUAAUUUAUAUGGCACUCCCUCACAUGAGCUGUUUAAGCAAUUUCUUAAGCAAAUUAUUGGACCUAUUUAUCAUAAACUAAUUUCUCAUGCUCAUAGUUCGGGUAAAAUGAUUACCGACAAACUGCACACACCUCUACUGCGCAUGGCUUGCAUUGUGGAUCUACCGGAAUGUUUGGAAUACACCCGACAAUUGGGUUUUGAUUACAUCUUUCAAAAUAUCGAAUUCGAAACGGAUAACAAUGAUUUCUUUGUCACCAAAGACACAGUACUAUGUUCGGCCUGUAGAUAUUUAUCAAACGAAGAAUUUAAUUCCAUUAUAAAAGUGGUCUCGGCAACAGAUCGUAAUACGAAACAGUACGAAGAUAUUUUGUAUAACUUACGUUGUACCCAAAAUCCUAAACAAAUACGUUACUAUUUAGAUAUAGUUUUUGGUGCUAAUUCUACGCAAUUUAUACCAAAUCAAAGUGAAAGUUUAAUUUAUGUCGUUUACCUAUUCCGUACGAAUAUGAUGGCUCGUGGUGUCAUCUGGCAGUAUAUAUCGAAACAUUAUGAGUAUUUGGUGAGGACACCAUCGUUUGUAGAUAUUUUCAAUAGAAUAGCGGAAUUUGUGCCAACACAUCGACGCAGCCAGUUCUAUGAUCUACAUCACAAAAUUAUGCGUGAACUAAAAUCCAUGGGCGAGGAGUAUAGCAGUAAUCUGAUAAAAAUUGAUUCGCCAAAAAUUGGCAAAAAAGUUAAAAUGAGUGAAUCAUUUCUAGAGAAAUUCGGUAACGAUAUACACAAUUGGUUGUUGGAAAAUCAAAUGCCACCACCUACUUAUGCCGCCUCUAUGAUGGACGUGCACACACAUAAUGGUGGAGCGCAACGUUUUGGAAAUGUAUUUCGUUUAGCAGGAAAUCUCUAUAGACAAUUGUAUAGUCAUAUAAGUUCCAAUCAACUAUUCAAAACAUUAAAAGGUCGCGGACACGCAAAAGCAAGUGAUAUGUCAACAACAACUAUUCAACACGUGAAAACAACAUUUCGUUCACAUUUUUUUUGUUGGCGCAUUUUGGGUUUUUUACCAACGAAAAAAUAUCGUCUACUCUAUCAAACCUAUGCUAUAUUUUUGAACAUUAUGGUGACGAUCGUCUAUCCAGUACAUUUGAUAAUUGGUCUCAUCUUAAGUACAACUUUAUAUGAUGCAAUUAAAAAUUUGGCUGUGGCGGCAACAGUGGUUUUAUGCAGCAUUAAAACCAUUAUAGUCUGGUUGAAACUUGAGAAUAUUGAAAAUAUGUUUGAUAUUAUUACGCGACAAAAUAAACGUAUUUCUUUGUAUAAAGAUGAGGCUAACUACUUUACAAAUGUGAUUUUAAGAGAUUUAAAUCGUAUAUGGAAAAUGUUUAUGCUCUUGUACUCAACUGCUGGAUUGUUUGGAGAACUAUCGGUGCUGGGAAAUGGUUUAUGGGGAGACUGGCGUUUAAUGUAUCCCGCCUACUUUGUUUUUGAUCCCUAUGAAAACUCUACGUUCUACAUUGUGGCUCAUGUUUAUCAAUUUAUUGGUGUGUCAUAUAUAGUAAUACAGGAUAUAGUCAAUGAUUCCUUUACCACCAUGCAUUUGGCUUUAUUGAGUGGUCAGUUGCGUACCUUUAAUAAAAGAUUAGCCAAGUUGGGUGGCGACCCAAAAAAGACAAAAAUACAAAAUAAUCGGGAUUUAUUGGACUGCAUACAGGAUCAUAAAGAUUUAAUGGAAUAUCGUCAAAAAUUGGAGGAGAUUGUCUCGUUCUAUAUGUUUGUUCAGAUACUCUUUACAAGCAUUAACAUCUGUACUAUUUUGGUAUUUUUGAUACUCUUUGCCAGUGAUGCCUUUACCCUGAUCUAUUAUAUCGUUUAUUUUAUAUCGAUGACAGUGGAAAUUUUGCCCGCAUGUUAUUACGGCACUGUUAUUGAAAUGGAAUUUCGAAAUUUAUCUUAUGCAUUAUUCUCCUCCAACUGGUUGGAACAGGAUGAGGUAUUUAAGAAAAAUUUAAGGAUUUUUAACGAGGCUACAAAAAAACCUAUGUUUAUAUUGGCCUGGUUGUUUCAUAUCAAUUUGAAUCGGACGUUCAGCAACAUGCAAAGUUUUUCGGUUUUCCAUUUGGCUUUAGUCGCUUUAGUUUUAAGCGGAACUGCUGUUUUCGCUUCACCUUACUCGCCACCACAGGAAUUUGAUUUUUCAGUAGGCUUGGAAUAUAUUAAUGCUCGUUUAGAGCGUGCCGAGGAGUUUCUAAACUAUCGUCUACCCAAUCAAACCUAUCCGGAACAUUAUGAUAUAGAACUCAGCACUAAUGUUCAUACUGGUGAUAAGGCCUUUAAGGGUAAAGUGACAAUUGAUGUUGUGGUAGUGGAAACUACUAAUGCCAUCGUUAUUCAUGCUCGUCAACUCAAGGACUUUAAGACGUCGUUGGUAAAUCCAGUUAAUGGUCUACAAGAAAACUUGAAAUUUGAAUACGAAUUGGAACGUGAAUUUUUAACAUUGACUCGUUUAAAUGGUGCUAAAUUUGAAGAUGAUACCAAGUGGAAAGUUACCAUUGAAUAUAGUGGUGAAUUACGUACAGAUAAUGGUGGUUUCUAUUUGUCAAGUUAUACUGGUGUUAAUGGUGAAAAGAGGUGGGAUGUUAAUGGAUCGUAUAACUAUUAUUGUGAAAGAUAUCUGGCUACAACACAAUUUGAAAGUACUGAUUCCCGUCAUGCCUUCCCCAACUAUGAUGAACCCGCUAAACGUGCCAAUUUUACCAUAACCAUGAAUCAUAGUCCAACCUAUUCAGCCAUUUCAAAUAUGCCCGUCAAUGAAGCUCUCUCAAGACCGGGAAAAACGGUAUUUUUAACCACCGAUAAAAUGCCCAGCUAUAUAGUAGCUUUCAUUGUAUCCGAUUUUGAACAUAGUGAUGGUGUUUUAAAUGGUUUGCCUCAACGUGUCUUUUCACAUCCCGGUACUAAACAUGAACAAGAAUGGGCUUUAGUUUCUGGUAUGUUGAUAACAGAACGUUUGGCUGAGUACUAUGGAAUAGAUUAUAUGUUACCUAAACUGGAUCAAGCUGCCAUACCGGAUUUCGCUGCUGGCGCCAUGGAAAAUUGGGUUUAUACUCAGACUAAUAUUGCUAGAAUUAUUGCUCAUGAGUUUUGUCAUUUGUGGUUUCGUGAUUAUGUAGCGAUACAAUGGUGGUCUUACUUGUGGUUAAAGGAAGGUUUUGCUACUCUCUUCGGUUACAAAGGAAUGGAUGAUGCCUAUCCGGAAUGGGGUGUUUGGCAAGAUUUUCAUGUUGGUGAAUUACAAAGUGCUUUAAGUCGAGAUGCUGGUACUAAUCCUAGACCCAUGACAUAUUAUGUACAAAAACCCAGAGAAAUUUCUCAGACAUUUGACACCGUCUCCUAUGCCAAGGCUGGUUCUGUCUUACAUAUCAAAUACAGUGCCGCCAAUGAAGACCAAUUAUUUAGUGCUUUACAAACUGCUGCCAAGGAAGAAGAUUAUAAAAUUCCUGCUACCAUACGUGAAAUGUUAAGCAGUUGGUCUCGCCAGGGUGGUUAUCCUUUAUUAACCGUUACCCGUAACUAUGAUGAUGGUACGUUCACUGUUAAACAAGAAGCCUUUUACAAUGAUGAAACCUUUAAGAAAGAGAAGUCCUGGUAUAUUCCCAUUAACUAUGCGGUGGCAUCAAAUCCAGACUUCCGCGAUACAGAAGCUACUCACUAUCUAUUGAAAGUGCCCGAAAUUAAAGUAAAGGAUGAAAAAAUUAAGAAGGAUGAUUGGUUGAUACUUAACAAACAGUCCACCGGUUAUUAUCGCAUCAAUUAUGAUGAACAAAAUUGGAAACUCAUUUCAGAUGGUCUUAUUAAUAGACCCUACAGUAUACAUCCACGUAAUCGUGCUCAGUUUAUGCAUGAUGCUUAUCAGUUCAGUGUUUCGAAACGUUUAAAUCAUACGAUUCUCUUAAAUUUGAUGACCUAUUUGAAACAAGAGGACCAAUAUGCGCCCUGGUCAACUGCCAGUGGUAUUGUGAAUGCUUUCAACCGUUAUUUGAGCGGAGAUGUUAAUUAUGCCCAUUUCAAAUAUUUCGUUUCCGAAUUGGUGGCACCCAUCUAUGAGAAGUUGGGUGUCAAUGAUGUUCCUGGGGAACAUCAUUAUCAAAAAUAUACACGCAAUGUGGUCGUCAAUACUGCCUGUUUGGCUGGCAUUAAGGAUUGUCUGGAGGAAACCAAUAACAAAUUGAAAGCUUAUGUCCUGCAAAAUAUUACCAUUGAACCUAAUCUACAAACACCCAUCUAUUGCAAUGGUCUUAAACAAUCUGGCGAUGAGGAAUUCGAUUUUGUUUACAACAUACUAAUGGAUUCUAAUGACCAAGCUUUACGUCGAGCACUUAUUUCAGCUUUGGGUUGUGCCCAAAAUGAAAAUCAUAAAAAAUUCAUUUACAGUUCCAUCGAUGAGACAAACAAAUUGCGCAACCAAGAACGUUAUACCCUACUCAAUCCUGCCUAUUCUCGUGGCGAGGUGGGUCUUUUGGCCUGUAUUGAUUUCUUAAAUGAUAACUGGAAUGUUUAUGGUAAUUUAAAGAGUGGUUUUGGUGGCACAAAUCCUUUAGAUGAUGAUAUUCGUGGUAUGGCUUCCUAUGUGGUCAAUAAGAAACAAGAGGAAAAGCUAUUGGCUCUGGUGGCAAAAGUAAAGACAAGUGAACAUGUUACAGCUAAUCUGGAAACUAGUGUAAAGGCUACAAUUAAGAAAAAUUUUGAUUGGUUAGAAAAUAAUCGUAAUCCUCUGAUGACUUGGUUGGCUCAGUAUCAUGCUGAAAAGGAAGAGGGUAACAAUGGUGGUAAUGAUGGAAAUGAUGACAAUGGUGGUGGUGGUGGAAGUGCUAGUUUUACAGCUUCAAGUGUAAUGUUAGGUACUGUUCUUUUUGUUGCCAUCUCCCGUUUGUUUUAGGGAGUUUCGUAAAUUUUUAUAAAAUUUUAAUUUAAUAUUUUGUAAAUAUAUAAAUAAGU